UAUGCGGAUUCACAAAAUUGGUGUGCGUACUGAACAUUCGGCAGGACGCAAUCGUGCUAGACAGUGAAUUGAUAGUACAUUCUUGUACUUCUUGCUUCUUUGCACUCGCUCGGAAUAGCAUAUUCUCUAUGCUAGUUUCAAUUAUUUGUACACAAAGACCAGUACAAAUUCAUUAAAUCAAAUAUGGGUUCGCUUUUUCGGAGCGAGGAGAUGACCUUGUGUCAACUCUUUUUGCAAAGUGAAGCAGCAUAUGCCUGUGUCUCGGAACUUGGUGAACUUGGCCUUGUACAAUUUCGAGAUCUUAAUCCCGAUGUCAAUGCUUUUCAACGAAAGUUCGUCAGCGAGGUGCGUCGUUGCGACGAGAUGGAACGUAAAUUAAGGUAUUUGGAAAAAGAGAUUAAGAAAGAUGAUAUCCCUAUGCUCGACACUGGUGAGAAUCCGGAGGCGCCACAGCCUCGUGAAAUGAUAGAUUUGGAGGCGACGUUUGAAAAGUUAGAGAACGAGCUGCGGGAAGUAAAUCAAAACGCGGAGGCUCUGAAACGUAAUUACUUGGAGCUGACUGAAUUGAAACACAUACUCAGGAAGACACAAGUAUUCUUCGACGAGGCUGAGCAUGGAGGUGUCGUGUCGCAGAUGGCAGACCCCAGCCGUGAGGAAGAACAAGUCACUCUCUUGGGUGAAGAGGGCCUCCGCGCUGGCGGCCAGGCUCUCAAGCUCGGCUUCGUCGCCGGAGUUAUCCUAAGAGAACGCAUCCCUGCAUUCGAACGCAUGCUAUGGCGUGCAUGCCGCGGUAAUGUAUUUUUACGCCAAGCUGAGAUCGAAGCCCCUUUGGAGGAUCCCUCAACGGCGGAUCAAGUCUUCAAGUCUGUGUUUAUCAUAUUCUUCCAAGGAGAUCAGUUGAAAACUCGAGUUAAAAAGAUCUGCGAGGGGUUCAGGGCUACGUUGUACCCGUGCCCCGAGGCGCCCGCCGAUCGACGUGAAAUGGCUAUGGGCGUCAUGACGCGAAUCGAAGAUUUGAACACGGUUCUGGGCCAAACUCAAGAUCAUCGUCAUCGUGUCUUAGUGGCAGCCGCGAAGAACAUUAAAAAUUGGUUCGUGAAAGUCCGUAAGAUCAAAGCAAUUUAUCACACGUUGAAUUUGUUCAAUUUGGACGUGACGCAGAAAUGUUUGAUCGCUGAAUGCUGGGUUCCGGUACUGGAUAUAGAAACAAUUCAGUUGGCAUUGCGCCGUGGCACUGAACGCAGCGGGAGUUCCGUGCCGCCGAUUUUGAACCGCAUGGAGACGUUCGAAGAUCCACCGACUUACAAUCGAACGAACAAAUUCACCAAAGGUUUCCAGGCUCUUAUAGACGCGUAUGGCGUUGCCUCUUACAGAGAAAUGAAUCCAGCCCCCUACACUAUAAUAACGUUCCCCUUUCUGUUCGCUGUGAUGUUUGGUGAUACCGGCCACGGACUUAUCAUGUUUCUCUUUGGCGGAUGGAUGGUGUUGAAAGAAAAACCACUGGCCGCAAAGAAAUCUGACAACGAGAUUUGGAACAUCUUUUUCGGCGGUCGAUAUAUUAUCUUCCUGAUGGGUUUAUUUUCAAUGUACACCGGGUUUAUAUACAACGAUGUGUUCUCGAAGUCGUUGAACAUCUUUGGAUCGUAUUGGAGAAUCGAUUACAACUAUACAGAAAUAAGAGGGAACAAGGAACUGCAAUUAAAUCCCAGCGAGAAGACCGAGUAUUUACAGAUCCCAUAUCCGAUAGGAAUGGAUCCUGUCUGGCAGCUGGCAGAAAAUAAAAUUAUCUUUCUGAACUCGUACAAAAUGAAGAUAUCGAUCAUUUUCGGAGUUGUACACAUGCUGUUCGGCGUGGUCGUUGGAUUAUGGAAUCACAUGUACUUUAAAAGAAAGCUUAACGUGAUUUGCGAAUUUAUCCCCCAAAUUAUAUUUUUAAUGUUCCUAUUUCUGUACAUGGUACUCCUUAUGUUUAUUAAAUGGAUAAAAUACGGUCCCGAUAGCGAUCAUACGGAUCCACAGCACGGUCCUUUCUGUGCACCGUCAGUAUUAAUUACAUUUAUUAAUAUGGUACUCUUCAAACCUGCAACCCCGCUAGGAGACUGCAAUCCUUGGAUGUACGGCGGGCAAGAAGUAUUCCAAAGCCUCCUUGUUGUCAUAGCUCUUCUCUGCAUACCAUGGAUGUUAUUGGGAAAGCCUUUUAUGUUAAUGUACAAUAGAAAGAAGCAGCACUAUCAGUUAAAUAAUCACGGAACAGAGAAUGGUGACAUAGAAGGCGUUGACUCCAUACAACCAAACAAUGGCGUACCGCAAGGUGGCUACAAACAAGAAGAAGAAGAAAUGAGCGAAGUGUUCAUUCAUCAGGGCAUUCAUACUAUCGAGUAUGUUCUUGGUAGCGUGUCUCAUACUGCGUCGUAUCUACGUUUAUGGGCUUUGUCUCUCGCUCAUGCUCAAUUAUCGGAAGUAUUAUGGAACAUGGUAAUGAGAAAUGGAUUGACACGAGAGGGUUGGUCCGGUGGUAUCUUUUUGUGGGCUGUGUUUGCAUUUUGGGCUAUUUUGACCAUCGGUAUUCUAGUACUUAUGGAAGGAUUGUCAGCCUUCUUACACACGCUUCGACUUCAUUGGGUCGAGUUCCAGAGUAAAUUUUAUGCUGGACAGGGGUACGGUUUCCAACCAUUCUCCUUUGAAAUUAUUUUGGAUGCAGCGCAAUCUACUACGGAGGACUAAUAAUGUUCAGGUAGAGAAAGAAGUAUCACUUGAAGUACACUUUAUUGGCAAACUUCCACGUGACUUUCUAUAGAAUAGUAUUAUUGAUAUUACGAUGACUAGUAGCUACUAUGAAUUUGUCACCAUUGAAAAUGUCGUUACGUUUAAAUACUGUUGGGUUUUGCAAUAAACUGACACAUUCGAUAUAAAUGUCCAAUGUAAAUGUAUAUUUAGAAGUUAAAGAAACACGUAUGCGUACUCACCGGGAGACAUAUUCGAACUGAACAAAAGAAAAAACAAUACAAUAUACACUGCAUCGCGACACCUCCGGACAUCGAACGCUGUCGUAUCGUUGACGGCCAUUAUCGAUUCUCUAACGAAUACAUUAUAUACUAUUUUUACGUUUUCGAAAAAUGUUUGCAGUAUUAUCAAGUUCGUUACUGUUCUAAAAGUCAAUAAACCACUGUUUUAGUUAGCAAUUAUAUGUUCAAAUGUAUCUAAUGUACCAUUAUAUUAUAUACUAUUUAACAAAAAAAAAAGCAUUACAAUGGAAUAUUAUUUUGAAUGUUGUAACUAUCAUAUUUUCACUGUGUUACGUAUUAUUUACUUCCGUAAUUCGUAAAUAAUAAAAAAUUAUAAAUUGUAAUUAGAUAUGAAACAUAUAAUAAAAGCAAAUUAACGUUAAACGUGGAAAUGUGUAUUUAAUCAUAAUUAUGGUCGUGUACUGCGUGCUAUAUAUUUUAAAUUCAAGCACACGGAAUAAUAUGAAACGAAAACAUAGACUCGGAACACGAUAAAAUUCGAUUUACAUAUGGGUACAUUAAAAAAAACAAACAAAUAACAAAAUAAUAUGAAUUUUUGCAACAAAUAAACAAAUUUUUAUAACAAAUGUACAGAGUAGGUGUAUUUCGUCAAAAUAUCUAUAAUGCUUUAAAUAUUUUUACAAAGAAACUUAAAUAUCAAGUCGCAAUUGAUUCGUAUCAAAUUUUUUAUUAAUCGACACCUAUUAUAAAACAGACGCAUGGCAUGCUGGGAAGACGAUACUCAAAUAAACACUUCUUAAUCUGGAAACUUCCGUGAUAAAUGAUACCGUCAUUCACAAAUUUGUAACGAAAACAAACUAUGAUAUCCGAUAUCGUAUCCUACGUGAACCAUAGCGAUUCGAAGAGACUCGAAUUACGAUAAAUGAAAGCGAUUUUAAAACACUGCAAAAUAAAAUGUAAAAACAAACCUAAUCUCUUGUUUAAAUAAUUACCAUCGAUGUACCGCUGUUCUUCGGUAAGACGAUUUUAAAAUUCUAGUUUUAAAUUCGUGGCAAUUUUUCGAUCUUCGAUGUGCAAAAUAAACAGAUUUUUCAG